AGAGUGCGUGCCUGUGUAUUUCAAACGUCCUGCGUCUCGCUCGCGCCCGCCUCGCCCUCGCCCCCUUGAGACGGAAAAAAGCGCCAGAGGGGUCACCGUGGGGGUGUCUUCUCCAGCAGCAGGCCAGCAGGCGGCCAGCCGGGCAGCGCCAGCGCCAGCAGCGCCAGCGCCAGAAGCGCCAGCGCCAGGCAGCGCCAGAGCCAUGGCAGCGCCAGCAGCGCCAGGCCCAGCAGCGCCAGCAGCGCCAGAGCCGCCAGCAGAGCCAGCAGCGCCAGCGCCGCCAGGCAGCGCAGCAGAGCGCCAGCGCCUACGCCAGCGACGGAGCGCCAGCGCCAGCAGGCGCCAGCGCCAGCACGCCAGCGCAGCAGCGCCCGCAGGCGCAGCAGCGCCAGCAGCGCCAUAGGGCGCCGCCAGCAUGGCCGCAGCGCCAGCAGCGCCAGCAGCGCCAGCAGCGCCAGCAGGCGCCAGAGCGCCAGCAGCGCCAGCGCCAGCAGCGGCCAGCGCCAGCAGCGCCAGCGCCAGCGAGACGCCAGCAGCGCCCAUGCGAGCGCCAGCAGCGCAGCGCCGCCAGCAAGCGCCAGAGGCCGCCCACGGCCGCGCCAGCAGGCGCCAGCAGCUCCAGACGCGCCAGCAGCGCCAGCAGCGCCAGGCACGCCAGCCAGCGCCAGCAGGCGCCAGAAGCGCCAGAAGCGCCAGACAGUGGCGCCAGCAGCGCCAAGCAGCGCCAGCAGCGCCAGGGAGCGCCAGCAGCGCCAGCCAGCUCCGCAGUCGCACACAGGCGCCAGAGCGCCAGAGCGCCAGCAGCGCCAGCAGAGCCAGCCAGCGCCAUUGGCAGCGCCAGCAGCGCCAUGCAGCGCCAGCAGCCGCCAGCAGCGCCAGAGCGCCAGCGCAUGCCAGAAGCGGCCAGGCAAGCUGCCAGCAGAGCCAGAAGCGCCAGGAGCAGCCAGAAGGCGCCAGCAGCGCAAGGCAGCGCCAGGAGGCAAGCAGGCGCCAGCGCCAGCAGCGCCAGCGCCGCAGCGCCAGCGCCAGAGCGCCAGGCGCCAGGCAGAGCCAGGCGCCAGGGCAGCGCCCGCGCCAGCAGCGCCAGCGCCAGCAGCGCCAGGCGCCAGCAGCGCACAGAGAAAGCCAGCAGCGCAAGCGACGUCAGCAGGGCGCCAGCAGCGCCAGGCAGAGGACAGAAGCGCCAGCAGCGCCGCAGCGCCAGCAGCGUCCAGCGCCAGCCAGGCGGCCCAGCGCCAGCAGCGCUAGCGCCAGCAGAGCCAGCGCCAGCAGGCGCCAGCAGCCGCCAGCGCCAGAGCGCCAGCGCCAGCAGCCCAGCGGCCAGCAGGGCCAGCGCCAGCAGCGCCAGAGCUCAGCAGGACCAGACGGCCAGAAGCGCCAGCAGCGCCAGCAGCGCAGCAGCGCCAGAAGGCCAUGCAGGCGGCCAGCAGAGCCAGCAGCGCCAGCAGCGCCAGCAGCGCCAGCAGCGCCAGCAGCGCCAGCAGCGCCAGCAUGCGCGAGCAGCGCCAGCAGCGCCAGCAGCGCCAGGCAGCGCCAGGCAGGCGAAAGCAGCGCCAGCAGAUGGCCAGCAGCGCAAGCAGCGCCAGCAGCCCAAGCAGCGCCAGCAGCGCCAGCAGGUCCAGCAGCGCCAGCAGCGCAGCAGCGCCAGCAUGCGCCAGCAGCGCCAGGCAGCGGCCAGCAGCGCCAGCAGCGCGCAGCAGCGCCAGCAGCGCCAGCAGCGCAAGAAGCGCCCAGUCAGCGCGCAGCAGCGCAAGCAGCGCCAGCAGCGCCAGCAGCGCCCAGAGCGCCAGCAGCGCCAGCAGAGCCAGCAGCGCCAGCAGCCGCAGCAGCGCCAGCAGCGCCAGCAAAAGCGCACAGGCAGCGCCAGCAGCGGGCCAGCAGCGCCAGCAGCGCAGGCAGGCACGCAGCGCCUAGCAGCGCCAUCGGCAGCGCCAGCAGCCCAGCAGCCCAGCAGCCCAGCAGCGCCAACCAGCGCCAGAAGCGCCACAGCGCCGCAGCGCCUAGCAGGCGCCAGCAGGCCAGCAAGCGCCAGCAGCGCCGGCAGCGCCAGCAGGCCAGCUACGCCAGCACAGCGCCAGGAGCGCCAGCCAGCGCCAGCACGCCAGCAGCGCCGAGGCACGCGCAGCAGCGCCAGCAGGCACAGCGCCAGCAGCGCCUAG